GUACAAUUAUGUGGUUCAGCCUUUUUAUACGACGCUUGUUUCACACAGAGUGAGUGGAGUAUCAAAAUCCCACUGAGAAAAAUAGCUUUUGCAUGCUCUGAGAAAGAAAUAUGAGACUGCUUUUGCCAAAAGCUUGUGAUCUGCAGAAGCUUUUGCUCGCAGGGAUGGCUAUGAUGGCAACUCUGAGUUGUUUAAGUCAUUCCAAAUGCGAGUUUGAGGCAAUCUUCAAUUUUGGGGACUCGAAUUCAGACACAGGUGGGUUUUGGGCAGCUUUUCCAGCACAAUCCGGACCCUAUGGCAUGACCUACUUCAAGAGACCUGUUGGUCGGGCUACAGAUGGGAGGCUCAUGCUUGAUUUCUUGGCUCAAGCUCUAGGGUUGCCAUUCAUAAGCCCAUAUCUGCAAUCGAUUGGAUCCGACUAUAGGCAUGGGGCCAACUAUGCUACAUUGGCAUCCACUGUGCUUUUGCCAAACACGUCCUUAUUUGUCACUGGAAUCAGCCCAUUCUCUCUAGCCAUCCAGCUCAACCAAAUGAAGGCAUUCAAGACCCAAGUUGAAGAACACUCCUGGGAUCAACAAGAAUCGAAGAGACUUCCGUCCCUGGACAUUUUCGGGAAAUCACUCUACACGUUCUACAUUGGCCAAAACGAUUUCACCUCCAAUUUGGCAGCCAUUGGUGUAGGUGGAGUGAAGCAAUAUCUUCCUCAAGUGGUCUCCCAAAUUGCUGGUACUAUCAAGGAGCUAUAUGCCUUAGGAGGGCGGGCAUUUCUGGUACUUAAUCUGGCACCAGUGGGUUGCUACCCAUCAUUUUUGGUGGGGCUACCUCCUUCUGAACUUGAUGCGUUUGGAUGCUCGAUUUCUUACAACAAUGCAGUUGUAGACUACAACAACAUGUUGAAGGAGACACUCAGACAAACCAGAGGCUCUCUCCCAAAUGCUUCCCUCAUAUAUGUGGACACCUCCUCUGUUUUGCUAGAGCUCUUCAGACAUCCCACAUCUCAUGGGCUCAAGUAUGGUACCAAAGCUUGUUGUGGGCAUGGGGGUGGUGCCCACAAUUUUGACCCUAAAGUUUUUUGUGGAAACACAAAAGUAAUCAAUGGGAGAACUGUGACUGCAACAGCUAGUAGUGAUCCUUACAACUAUGUAAGCUGGGAUGGAGUCCAUGCCACAGAAGCUGCGAACAAGCUUGUUACAUGGGCUAUCCUCAAUGGCUCUUAUUCAGAUCCUCCUUUUCCAUUUCAUGACUUCUGUGACCUCCAACCUUUAAAUUGAGCAAUCUUUUGCUCUCAAACAUUGGCUCGUCUGGUUUCUGCCCCCAUAAGGGGCCUUUUGUUGUUGGUUGACACUGGAAGCUUAUUCUUGAAAACGGCAUGUGGAAUCUUCGACUUUUUCUUUCAAUGUUCACUGAUCACUGAUGGAGAUAGGUUAUCA